UUUGCUCUUUGAAAAGAUGCGUAACAUCAUCACAAGAAGUAUUUUGGAAAGAGCGUUGAACUGUUGGGGCGGUGCGUGUUUGGGUGAGGUUUAAUCUGAUGACUACAGCCGGAUAAACCCAAACAAAAGGAGACUGGGCUGAUUGGAGAAAAUUCUGCAAAAGAUGCUGUUGAGUUUUAAAGGGAACACAUCCAGAUGAAUGCAGUAACUUUACCUAAACUUCUUUCUAAAUUGAGAUUUGGGUUCCUCCUCUUGGUGUAUUCAGAUGGAGAAGUGAUCCAAUAAGUGAAGAUGCUCUCCACCCUCCUGCAUCUCACAUCUUUGUUUAGAGCUCAGUUUUAAACAUCAUUGACGUUUUCUCAUUCGUAUCAUUAGUGAAGUCAUGGCAAAUAUGUGCCCUUAUGGCUGCUUCACCCACGCCGUGGUGCGGAGCAUUCCAGAGACCUUUGGGAAAGCGGUGGGAGAAGGUCGUGAGAAUGGGGAGACCACGGUGGACCUAGCCAAAGCCCAGCGUCAGUUCGGCUGCCUGACAGGAGCGCUGAGGCAGAAGGUCGGCAUGCAGCUGAUUGAAAUCCCCCCUGACCCUGAGCUGCCAGAAAGCUGGAGGAUAGAGGAUGUGGCAGUGAUCCAGGGGGACACGGCCCUCAUCACCAGGCCCUUCAAGCAGCAGAGACGCAGUGAGGUGGAGGCGGUUAGGAGGGUGAUGUCAGAGCUCAGCUUGACUGUGGUGGAGAUGGGCGGAGAACAAGGAGACUCUGGAGGCGCCACCCUGGAAGGCAGCGACGUCCUCUUCACAGGAAGGGAGUUCUUCGUCGGGAUUUCGUCCCACACCAACCGAAGAGGGGCGGAGGUGUUGGCAGACACGUUCAGGGACUUUGCUGUGUCCACUGUACCCGUCUGUGGUGGAGCCCGACUGAGGAACGUCUGCUCCAUGGGGGGUCCAGAUACCAUCAUCAUGAGCAGUAGUGAUGGAGCCAAGAAGACCCUGAGAAUGAUGGAACAGCUGACCGAUCACCACUAUGAAGUUCUCCCUGUCCCAGAAGAAUCUGCAUCUAACUGCAUCUACAUAAAAGGCCCAUCCAAGCGGGACUUCCUGCUGCACAGGCCUGCAGAGGAAUGUCCGGAGAGCGUCUCUGCCUUCCAGAAGCUCCAGGACUACACCCUCCUGCCGACGGCCUGCAGCGAAGCCUCCAAACUGGGAGCAUCCCUGUCGUCUCUCUGCCUCCUCAUCAACAGAAAACAUACAUAUUUCUGAAAUGUUUUAUCGUGUGGCUUUUAAAUUGAUUACAAGGUAAAGAGGAGUUUACAUUCAGGAAACUGAUGUGUUCUUUGACCCUGACCCAACUGUGGCAUUACAAAACUGAAGUUCAUUCACUAGUUUUUAAAAAAAACACCAUUUUCUGCAGGUUUCACUCCUAAACAACAAUGCAGAACCUGUUGGGCACAAAGAUGCAGUAAGAGCAGUAUAAAUUAAGUUUUAAAGCAUUUUAAAUUGUUUGCCAAAUUCAAACAGACCAAGAAAGUGACCUGAACAAGUAUUAAAAUUACCCAGAAUGCAUUUUGUGUUCUGGUUUGAGCUCCAAACACCGGUUUUCCACGUGUAGUAGUUUUUCUAGAGAUGGUAUAAAUAGAAUCAGAUGUUUUUGCUUCCCAGUGAGACUUUGUAGUUAUUAAUAAAGGCAAACUGAUGACUUAA